GGAUGAAAUUUAAACAUAUAAAAAUGGGAUACACAGUAAUUUAUAUAUCUUGUACAAAGGACUCGAUAGAUUAAACAACAUCAACUCAUAAAUUGAUUAUUUAAGAAAACUGUGGCACCACAAACACAAAGGAUCUAAGCUUGGUAACAACAGAGAUCAAAGAAUCUCUUAAGUGUUCAAGAAAGAAUAAACCCUUUUAGGACGAAAACUCAGAAGGCAGCUUGGCAUCUAAAGACUGCAAAACUCUCACUUUUUGCUAAAACUAUAUAAAUAAAUAAAUCCCACAAACUUGAGAAGACAAAAUCUGGUGGAAGAGAAAUCAUCAAAUUUAAGAUCGACGAGGCAAUGAGUCUGGAUAGUGAUUCAAUGGUCCCGGUUACUUCCGGGUUAGAAAACUUAAACUCUCCAAUUCUCUCCAAGAUUUGUGCGUGGGGAGUAAUGCUGGGGCUCUUUGCGAUUUCAUUGAUCGCUAUGGCUUAUGCUUGCUAUCACAAGCAAAACGCUUCGAAUUCAUGUAUCGAAGAGCAAGAGAAAUCAGGAAAGAAGCAAGGGUUGAAGCCACUAGAUAUGGAACCAAAGAUUGUUGUUAUAAUGGCUGGUAAUGAAAACCCUACCUUCUUUGCCAAGCCAACCAAGAUCAAUGCAUGACCAAAAUCGCUAGAUUAGUGUUUUGUUUUUCUUUCGUUAUGCUUGUUAAUUGGGUUUUGAUAAGCAGGACGACACCAUUUAUGUAUAUCCUUGACUAAUAUUCUGCUGAUUUCUUAUUUAAACUCAGAUUAAUUCGUUGUUGAUGAUAAACAUUGUUAUUUGUUUCUUUGUUUAACUUGUCACGAAGAAAAUAUUUUGUAAACUUCUAUACCAACCAAAACAACUCGAGUCGGA